AAAACAAUAAGAAAUUCAUAGUUUAUUUUCCAGCAUCAUUAUAUUUGAUGUGUAUUAGGCCUCCAAAUUGUGACAAGCCUUUAAAUUUGUUUUAAUUUCAUGAGUUAAAUGCAUUUAAACCAACCAACUUUUUACCCACUAGAAAAACCAAAAUGCCUCAGAGUGCAGCAUAAUGGCUGAUUAUCAAUUUCCAGUUUAAGACAAAUUCAGCACAACCUGAAUGCAAGCUAGAGCCUGCCCAGGAGCAUUUUCAUCAUGAGAACAUCAGUAAGUACACAAAUGUCAUGCUGAGCUUGACAGCUUACUACUCAACUUCACUAACUUCACAUGCAGCAACUGCAAAAUGAAGCCUGUGUGGCCAUUUCCACAAAAGAGAGAGAUGGUCCCAAAAAGAGGAAGAGUGCCCCCACCCCACCCCCCUCAUGUAAAUCAUUGCUUGCGGCUUGACUAAUAUCAGGUACAUCGAUGUUGCCUGAGGGCCCUGCUGUUUGGGCUGAAGCCCCACCCACUAGUGAGACAACACCUCAGAGAGAGGAACUCACCACACAACUAACAUCACACAUAUUCACCAUCACACACAUUCACUAACGCACUCUGAGCUCUUAGCACACACUGAAGUGGGCGUCCGGACCAGAUACUGACGCUGAACUGGGGAGCAGUUCUCUGCAGGCCGGGCACUCAGGGAAGACACUGUUGCUUCAACUAGAGCAGAAAACCUGCAUUCGGAACAAGAUGGAAAUUGCUCAGGAACGCAAGCCAAAAAGGCCCCACUACAUUCCCCGACCGCCAGGCAAGCCAUUCAAGUACCAGUGUUUCCAGUGUCCCUUCACCUGCAACGAAAAGUCUCAUCUCUUUAACCACAUGAAAUACAACCUGUGUAAAAACUCAAUCUCCCUGAUGGCACAGAAAAACGGGCAAACAGCCCGGCAGAUCAAGGCUGUGGCGAGGGUGGCCCCUGCCAAAUCGAAGGAUUGUACAAACUUUCCUACGGCAGUUCAGAACAACAGUCCUGAGAAACAGAGUGAUGAAGAGAGCAAAGCAGAGAGCGGCGAAGACAAAGAAGAAGUAGAUGUUGGGUGUGACAGCGAAGUCAUCAAGGACAGUCAGAGUGUGACAAAACCAAAUGCGGAGACGGAGACAGAAAACAGGGAGAGCACUGAGAAUAAAGAUCUGCCGCGCCCAUCUGCCUUCUCCCCUGUCACACCCAAAAAUGAAGGAGCAGAAGCCUUCAAGUCAUCUGUGCAGCAGACAGAGGAUUCGCGAGCUCCUCAUCCUACUUUCAACCACCCAGGCUUCCCAUGGGGCCCAAUGUCAUCGUCCAUACCCUUAAAACUGUUCCCCCCUCUCGUGGUUCCUGAAUACCCACCUUACCUCUUGCCUGACCGACCCCUGUAUCCACCAUAUUACCUCCCAGGAAGUCCCCAUGUGAAUGAGCCAAACUCUCCCCCUUUCCAGCAAGACUUUCUGGACCCCCAGAGGCCUAUGGUACAACAGCCCAUUGCCCCAUCUCACACUGCCCCAUAUCCCCCUUACCCAUACAGAUAUUGCCAUACUAUUCCCCCUGGGCCCCCGCUGCACUACAACCUGUACAGACCCCAUGAGCUUUCCAUGCCCAUUACAGGACCCAGAUAUCUUCCUUUGGAUUUGUACGGCCCAACCCUGGGCUCCAAGGAUUAUGACUUGUACAUGCAUUCACGUUCCAUUCACAACCGCCCGCCCACGUCUGCACAAGAGGAGAGCCACCACGAGCAGAGUGGAGACAAAGCAACACGGCUGAGCCCUAAAGCGGGCUGUUCGGCUAUGGGGUCCCCUGACAGACCCAGUCAAGCACACAUCGUCCAGAGAGACACACAGGCCCCCGAGUGCACCAACAUGGGUGAGCCGCACAGCGCUACCCAACUCGGACACACAGCUACAGCCGGGCAACCCACCAAAAAUGACUUAAGACAAGAGGAGUCUGCAGAAACCUUGCUGCAGUUAAGAGCUCAGCAUGUGGAUGGAGGACUGGCUGAGAAUGGACAAUACUCUUCCAUGUCUGUAUCCGAGUCAUGUCCCGAAACUGCAUCAGAACAAGAUGACAUGGAAGACACAGACAACCUGGCCCCCCUCAACCUCUCAACAAGAAACCAGGACAAGGGAAAAAUUCAUUCUGAUCACAGUCCAGGGUGCUCAGACACAGUGAAUGUAACGGAGAAUGAGCUGCCUCUGAACCUCAGCCUUCGAGCUUCUCACGGCAGCCCUGUGCACAGCUGUGCCCUGAGCGCUUCGGAGGAUCUCCAGCAGAGAUCUGCAGAAGAGCUGGACGAAGAGCCCUGUGACCAGAGGCAGACUGCAGCUCUGGCACUCUGUCAGCUAGCCAUUGCGAGCUCUGCAGUUUCUUCACGUGACUUCAGUGCUGUAGACAGCUCCUUAAAAGCUUCCAGGGUUGCUGCAAGUCCCUGCUCUCCAAAGAAUAUAAAGCAAAGCACCAGAGCUAAGGCAACGGGCAUGAAAAGAACAAACAGUAGUCAGGUUGAAAGCAAAUGCCAUAAACCAAACAAGAGAGUGAAAGCAGCAGGGCGGGCUGUAAGGAGAAGGCCUCGCUGCUGCUAACAACUAAAGUUUCACUGUCAAGGACUGAAUAUCUCAAAAUCUUCACCACUGCAACUAUCAAUGUUAAAAAAGUUUUGAUUGUUUUGAUUAAGCACUGAAAGAUUUGAUUAUGUGUUUUUGAAAAUGUGGUAAAUGCAAAUAUCGCUUGUCACAGUUCUGUGCAUAUAUGUCUAGUUCUCAAACUUGAUUGGAAAAGAUGAAAAGCAAAUUUAAUAAGUGUUUUUAAUAUUUAAACUCAGAUAUGUCUGUAAUAUAAAAAGUUCCUCAUGUAAGAUGUACUGUACUGUAUGGAAGAUGUACUGUAAAUAUAAAUAUAGAAAGAUGUUGAAUAAAGAAAUAACAAAAUAACUUUC